UCAACGUUCUCCUCACCAGUCACUUCUGCAGGAGUUUCUUCUUCAGCGGGCUCCUCACCAGAGACUUCUUCACCAGUCUCUUCUGAAGGAGUUUCUUCACCAGCGGGCUCACCAGCAGGAAUUUCUUCGCCAGCUGCUUCCUCACCCGCAGUUUCCUCUGAAGGAGUUUCUUCCGAAGCACCUUCUUCACCUGCUUCUUCUGCAGGAGUUUCUUCACCAGCGGGCUCACCAGCAGGAAUUUCUUCGCCAGCUGAUUCCUCACCCGCAGUCUCUUCUGAGGGGGUUUCUUCCAAAGCACCUUCUUCACCUGCUUCUUCUGCAGGAGUUUCUUCAGCAGCAGGAAUUUCUUCGCCAGCUGAUUCCUCACCCGCAGUCUCUUCUGGUGGAGUUUCUUCCAAAGCACCUUCUUCACCUAAUUCUUCUGCAGGAGUUUCUUCACCAGCAGGAAUUUCUUCGCCAGCUGCUUCCUCACCCGCAGUCUCUUCUGAAGGAGUGUCUUCCGCAGCACCUUCUUCACCUGUUUCUUCUGCAGGAGUUUCUUCCCCGGCGACUUCCUCUCCAGAGGCUUCUUCACCAGUCUCUUCUGAAGAAGUUUCUUCACCAGCGUGCUCCUCACCAGAGACUUCUUCACCAGUCUCUUCUGCAGGAGGUUCUUCACCAGCGGUCUCCUCACCAGAUACUUCUUCACCAGUCUCUUCUGCGGGAGGUUCUUCAGAAGCUUCUUCUUCUCCAGCUGCUUCCUCAUCAACGUUUUCCUCACCAGUCACUUCUGCAGGAGUUUCGUCUCCAGCGGGCUCCUCACCAGAGACUUCUUCACCAGUCUCUUCUGAAGGAGUUUCUUCACCAGCGGUCUCUUCCGGAGGAGUUUCUUCCGAAGCACCUUCUUCACCUGCUUCUUCUGCAGGAGUUUCUUCACCAGCGGGCUCACCAGCAGGAAUUUCUUCGCCAGCUGCUUCCUCACCCGCAGUCUCCUCUGGAGGAGUUUCUUCCGAAGUACCUUCUUCACCUGCUUCUUCUGCAGGAGUUUCUUCACCAGCGGGCUCACCAGUAGGAAUUUCUUCGACAGCUGCUUCCUCACCCCCAGUCUCUUCUGGAGGAGUUUCUUCCGAAGCACCUUCUUCACCUGCUUCUUCUGGAGGAGUUUCUUCACCAGCAGGACUUUCUUCGCCAGCUGCUUCCUCACCCGCAGCACCUUCUUCACCUGCUUCUUCUGCAGUAGUUUCUUCACCAGCGGGCUCACCAGCAGGAAUUUCUUCGCCAGCUGCUUCCUCACCCGCAGUCUCCUCUGGAGGAGUUUCUUCCGAAGCACCUUCAUCACCUGCUUCUUCUGCAGGAGUUUCUUCACCAGCGGGCUCACCAGCAGGAAUUUCUUCGCCAGCUGCUUCCUCACCCGCAGUCUCUUCUGAAGGAGUGUCUUCCGCAGCACCUUCUUCACCUGUUUCUUCUGCAGGAGUUUCUUCCCCAGCGACUUCCUCUCCAGAGGCUUCUUCACCAGUCUCUUCUGAAGGAGUUUCUUCACCAGCGGUCUCCUCACCAGAGGCUUCUUCACCAGUCUCAUCUGAAGGAGUUUCUUCACCAACGGGCUCCUCUCCUGAGGCUUCCUCAUCAACGUUCUCCUCACCAGUCACCUCUGCAGGAGUUUCUUCUCCAGCGGGCUCCUCACCAGAGACUUCUUCACUAGCCUCUUCUGAAGGAGUUUCUUCACCAGCGGGCUCACCAGCAGGAAUUUCUUCGCCAGCUGCUUCCUCACCCGCAGUUUCCUCUGGAGGAGUUUCUUCCGAAGCACCUUCUUCACCUGCUUCUUCUGCAGGAGUUUCUUCACCAGCGGGCUCACCAGCAGGAAUUUCUUCGCCAGCUGAUUCCUCACCCUCAGUCUCUUCUGAGGGGGUUUCUUCCAAAGCACCUUCUUCACCUGCUUCUUCUGCAGGAGUUUCUUCACCAGCAGGAAUUUCCUCGCCAGCUGAUUCCUCACCCGCAGUCUCUUCUGAAGGAGUGUCUUCCGCAGCACCUUCUUCACCUGUUUCUUCUGCAGGAGUUUCUUCCCCAGCGACUUCCUCUCCAGAGGUUUCUUCACCAGUCACUUCUGCAGGAGUUUCUUCACCAGCGGGCUCACCAGCAGGAAUUUCUGCGCCAGCUGAUUCCUCACCCGCAGUCUCUUCUGGAGGAGUUUCUUCCAAAGCACCUUCUUCACCUGUUUCUUCUGCAGGAGUUUCUUCACCAGCAGGAAUUUCUUCGCCAGCUGCUUCCUCACCCGCAGUCUCUUCUGAAGGAGUGUCUUCCGCAGCACCUUCUUCACCUGUUUCUUCUGCAGGAGUUUCUUCCCCAGCGACUUCCUCUCCAGAGGCUUCUUCACCAGUCUCUUCUGAAGGAGUUUCUUCACCAGCGGGCUCCUCACCAGAGUCUUCUUCACCAGUCUCUUCUGCAGGAGUUUCUUCAGAAGCUUCUUCUUCUCCAGCUGCUUCCUCAUCAACGUUUUCCUCACCAGUCACUUCUGCAGGAGUUUCUUCUCCAGCGGGCUCCUCACCAGAGACUUCUUCUCCAGUCUCUUCUGAAGGAGUUUCUUCUCCAGCGGGCUCACCAGCAGGAAUUUCUUCGCCAGCUGCUUCCUCACCUCCAGUCUCUUCAGCAGGAGUUUCUUCCGAAGCACCUUCUUCACCUGCUUCUUCUGCAGGGGUUUCUUCACCAGCGGGCUCCCCAGCAGGAAUUUCUUCGCCAGCUGCUUCCUCACCCGCAGUCUCUUCUGAAGGAGUGUCUUCCGCAGCACCUUCUUCACCUGUUUCUUCUGCAGGAGUUUCUUCCCCAGCGACUUCCUCUCCAGAGGCUUCUUCACCAGUCUCUUCUGAAGGAGUUUCUUCACCAGCGGGCUCCUCACCAGAGACUUCUUCAACAGUCUCAUCUGAAGGAGUUUCUUCACCAGCGGGCUCCUCACCAGAGACUUCUUCACCAGUCUCUUCUGCAGGAAGUUCUUCACCAGCGGGCUCCUCUCCAGAGACUUCUUUACCAGUCUCUUCUGAAGGAGUUUCUUCACCAGCGGGCUCCUCACCAGAGACUUCUUCACCAGUCUCUUCUGCAAGAGUUUCUUCACCAGCGGGCUCCUCACUAGAGACUUCUUCACCAGUCUCUUCUGCGGGAGGUUCUUCAGAAGCUUCUUCUCCAGCUGCUUCCUCAUCAACGUUUUCCUCACCA